AUGAAGUGGGUCGUUAAAACGUCUCCAGGGGCUGUCACCCGGCGGAGCGGAAAAAUGGCAACUUUACGGCUCUCCGGCGGCUGUCACUCGACGGAGAAGAGCUGGAUGGAGGUGGGGCGCAUGUUAGGGAGCUUCAUCCUCAGGUCUGCACAGCAAGAGGAGGCGCUUCAUCGCAUCUGGUACGCUCUCAAGAGGUGGCGACUGGUCUCCCAGCAGAUCAUCCUCUUCCUGACGACGGCUUGUUCGUCGAUCAAUUGGAGAUCAUUUACUCGAUGGAUUCGCGAUCCUUUUAUCGCGAAUUGUUCAAUAAUUUUAGUAGCAAUGCUCCGUGAAUCGCAUUGAUAAAUUUUUGCCGAUGAUCCAGCGAUUCUCGUUGCUUAAUCCUUCAUCAGUGAUCUGUAGAAAAGUCACGAUAAUUAGAUAAAAAUAUAUGAAUUUUGACUCUAGAAGGAUUCGAACCCACGCCGGUCGCCCACCUGUGAGGAAGGUGUGACGCGGGUUUAGUCCCACAUCGGUUGUUGACAUGACUCAAUCGUUGUAUAUUAAAUCACACAAAAAUAAAAUUUAUAAAACUAGAAAAUACGAAUUUUCGGAUAUUUAGAAGUAUUUCUAAAUAAAUAUAUAAAUUAUAAUUCAAUAAAAAUUCCAAAAAUAGUAGUAAUUUUCCAGGUCAAUCACAGGGAUGUAAUAUAAUAUCUGGUAAUUAUUCAGAAUUUUUCUCAAUGAAUACGAUUUUCUUACGAAUUUUAUACUAGGAAAUAAAAAUGAAAUAUAUUUAAAAUUCACGAAAAAAAGGAAAUAAGGGUGCGGGCAUCAGGAUGACGUCAGCGCCCUGCGAAUGCAAAUCAGGCAGAAACAGAGUUCCGCUCGGUGAUUCUUACGUAAGUGAUUACAGAUGACUUAAUUAAUCAAAUUAAGAUCAGUAAAAGCCAGAAAAAUCAUAUUUGAACGAAGUAUAGUUUGGUAAAUUAAAAUCACACAAAGUAUCACUAAAUGAAGCGUAAAUUAAAUUGAAAGCAGGAAAACAGAGUUCCGGCGUCGCGACGGCAAUGCGUUGGCGAUGCACCGGAAUCUUGAGCGUUCGGGAGGAUCGUCAUGUAGUGUCCACGGCCUCGAAGGCUCUCCUUGGACAAAGACAAUGUGGGCAAUCUCUAGAUCUUCUCGCGAAGUCUAGAGAUCAAUGAAGUGGGUCGUCGAAUCGUCUCCGGCGGCUGUCACCCGGUGGAGCGGAAAAACAGCGACUUUGCAGCUCUUCGGCGGCUGUCACCUGA